AUGGAGUCUGAUGGUCUUGAUUUAAUUUUAAGUCAGGUUGCGGACGAUGCGGAAAGAAAUUAUUAUGAAUUACUGGACAAUAGUAGUGAAAACGUGUUUCUAUCACAAAUUCCACUGGAGCCAGAUAAUAUGUUUGAGAGUGACGUUUCUUUUGAUCUUGGGUCGGACUUCCUUACGGACCCUGUGAAGUCAGAUUUGGAGACAAACGUACAAACUAAAAGUGAAAUUAAACAACAGAUGUCUAAACCUGAAAAAAAUAAUUGUGACAAUUUUUCAAAUUUAAAUGAUGAACGGUUUGGGAAACCGGCAACGGAUGAGGAAAUACAAGAACUCAUGUCGUCCAGACGCAAUAAAAAUACGGCAAAAAACACUAAAUGGGCAGUAAACAUAUUUGAUACAUGGCGAAAAUACAGACACUUUGAUAAUAUACCCGAAAUUCAUACAAUGGAAAAAUCGGUGCUGUCGUAUUGGCUAACGUGUUUUGUGAUGGAAAUAAAAAAAUCUAAAAGGGGGAAAUUAUCCACCGAAAACACUUUACCUAAUCAUGUGUGGACUAUUGAGACAUUUGCGUGA